GACGUCUGUUCUUUCCUUGAAAGCUCUCUCCGUAAACUGACAGAUGGAUUAUUUGUCCCUCUGGACUUCCUUCAUCAUUCUUCAACGUUUUUCCUCAUUAGCAUGUUUUUUUUACCCUCAAAUGCACUUUCCACUUCCUUUGCCAACAAGUAUUUUACCCUGUUACUAUUCAGCACGCAGCACUCAUUCUGGACUCACGAUGAGAGCAGAGAAACAGGGGUUAUUUGGAGACCUAGCACUGAUUUAAGAUGAACAAUUUCAAGCAAAUAAAUAAUUCUACGCUAGUGCUACUUUCUUAGGACGUCUUUGGAAGUGAAUUGCUGUGAGAUUGGCAGCCAACAUGCUCACUUUCCUCAGAAGGAAAGGGGCCAGAUCAACUAUUCUGGACCCUAAACUCUUCUACCUCCUUCUAAAUCUCUUUUUUAGUGGAACAGCUGGGCCACACGGGGACACCUGUCCAAGCUCCGAGUGGAGUGUCAUGUGCCGUCCAUGCUGUGAGUACCAACUGAUCCAGUGUCGGUGUCCCUCAAAAGGGUCGAGGGUGGGCUACACUGUUCCGUGCUGCCGCAAUGUUCUGGAUCAGUGUGACCCCUGUAUCAUUCACCCAGGCUGCAGUCUGUUUGAGAACUGUAAAACCUGCAACAAUGGAACAUGGAAAGCCAAUGAUGACUUCUUCGUCAAUGGAAAGUAUUGUACAGAGUGUCGCCAAGGCUGGAGUGGAGGGGACUGUAGAAAAUGUGGAGGCGUCAUUCAGCGGGCCCAGGGUCUCAUAGCCAUGGAGAGUUACCCUACAAACGCCCGGUGUGAAUGGACAGUGGAAGUGGAGAGGGACAGCAGCAUCGAGCUGAGGUUUUCGCUGCUCAGUCUGGAGUCUGACCAUAACUGUCGUUUUGACUAUGUUGAGGUGCGUGACGGCAGCAACCUAAACUCCCCUGUGAUUGGUCGGUUUUGCGGGGAUCAGCUGCCCUCUCCAAUAAAAAGCUCUGUGAACCACUUGCAUAUCCUGUUCACCUCAGAUGGCUACAACAACUUAGAUGGCUUUGUUCUUACUUUUCAGGAAAGCUCAGGCAGGUACUAUCAUUUUUCUGUCAGUUCAGGGGUCCUUGACGUCAAAAGGUUUGAGAACCACUGGUCUACAGGGCUAACAAGAUCUUCACACUGUGAUUGGUUUGGAAUAAUAUUUAUUUUCUCUUUCAAAAACAUUCAUACAGGCCAAACAAGCAGAGCCCGGUGUUCCCCUCCACCCAAAUUGCUCAAUGGCUACCACAGACCUGCUCCUGACACAGCUGGGGGUGCAAAGGCCGUUGAGUUUUUUUGUAAAAAAUCCUUUAUUCUGAGUGGAAACCAUCAAACUACCUGCCUCUCUAAUGGAUCCUGGAGUAGCAGGCCGCCCCAGUGUGUGAGAGCAUGUCGAGAGCCCAGCAUUUCUGGACUUGUCCGACAAAGUGUUCUGAAGCCCCAUCUGAUAUCAAGAGAGACUCCAGGUCAAAGAAAGCAUCUCUCAUCCAGGUACAACAUGCACGAUUUGUUGUCAGCUGGUUUUAUUCCACUCAAAUUGGAUACAAAGUCAAAAAAAGACAACACCGCCUUAGUGGAGCUUCCUCGAGGCCUCCACCCACUCCACACAACCAUUGAGUACAAGUGUGCUUCCCCGCUCUACCGCCACACAGGGAGCUCCCAACGCACCUGUCUGAAGUCUGGCAGGUGGAGUGGACGCCAUGUUUCCUGCUCACCAGUUUGUGGCAAAUUAGACAAUUCCAGUCAACACAACCUCACAGAAACACUGUGGCCUUGGCAUGCAGCCGUCUAUGUCCGGUCACCUCCUGAUCACACUGCCAGCACCCACAGGCCCCAGGGAGUAACCAUGUCUAUCCAGCAGGGGGCCUCAGAGGAAUCCACAUUCUGGCACCUUGCCUGCAGCGGGGCUCUGCUCACCCAGCAUGGCGUCCUGGUGGCAGCUCAGUGUGUGGUAGACAAGGACAAGCAGCAGACCCUUCACCCAGCACAUGUGAAGGUUGUCAUAGACAUGCAGUACCAGACAUCCAAGAACCGGCUGAAAAGGCUGCACCACCACAGGGUUUCAGACAUUUUAAUCCAUCCAGAAUUUUACUCCGCCCCCGACUCCAAUGUGGCUUUGCUCAAGCUACAAGACAAGGUCAAGAUCCGUGAUCAUGUGUUGCCAGUGUGUCUUCCCAAAGUGCAAGGUGGAGAGGUGACCGCACAGGAGGCUCACACCGCAAGGUGGAUUUUACCUGACGAUCACAGGCACCUGAGCCACUACCCUCCCCCGAGCCAGACGAGACUUGUUGAGUUGGGUGAUGUUGUUCAGUGCGAAAGAGAAUUUGCUCAAGGAGGAGCGCAUACCGCAGUGAUCAGUGACAAUACACUGUGUGUCAUUAGGAAGCCGUCCAGUCCUCAAAGCCCUUGUCCUAACAUUAUUCCAGGGAUCACAACCAUGCCAGCUAUGUUUUUUUCCACAAGUGGUAUCUUGUUGGGUCGAGAAGAGACUCAGGGAGCCUCCAACACAGUCUGGCAGCUUCUUGGUUUAGAGAGCUUCAGCUAUAUGGAAGAGAACUGCCACCAACAGUAGUACACAGUUCAGACACGAAUAUCCAACUUCCGAGACUGGAUAGAGAAAAACAUGCAGUAGAUAUUUUUUUUAAAUAUAUCAUUGAAGGUGAUUUUCUCAGCUUAAAUCUGAAAUUCAUUUAUUUCCAAUUUUACAAAUCUCUCAGUGGAAAUGGUGGCGAUGGAGCAAAUAGUAAUAGCACAACAUUUGCAGUGAUAAUUCUGUACCUGCUGUCUGUGUUAAUAUCAUGUAAGAACUGAUUCCCUGGCUCUACUUGGAUCUUGUAUGUGUGCAUGUUAUUAUUCUGUAUUUGGGCCACCUCCACAUCAAAUAACAACUAAAGACUGCUCAAAAAAUUAAAAAAUAAAGCAAUCCACAAAAAUUCCAUUUUGAGUCUUUGAUGAACUGCAAUCCACACAGCUAGAACAAUUUUAAAUUGAGUUAAUGACGUUAUCACUGGUUAGAAAGAAAUUUAUACAUCUAGAUCCAAGCUUAAAACCCAAAGUAGUUUUUUUUUUUAUUUUCUCAUGGAAUUUCUGCUUCAGUUCU